AUGCUGCUGUCAGGUCCCGGUGGACAGCAGCCCGGUGCCUUCUGUCGCUAAUCAUCAGUGGCAGGCCCUGGGCGGCCAGGCUGGCAGACCCCUGGGUCCCCGAGGCCCUGGCUGAGCAGGGACCCUGUCACGCACCUGUCAGCGCUGUGGUGGGUGCAGCUCCGUGCUGCGGUUAUCCGGGGCAGGGGGCGACCUGUCCCCUUGCACUGCCCCGAAAGCUUGUUGCCUCCAUGCAGGUGUCUGUGCCUUUCUGGGGUUUAAGGUUAUCCCCAGAACAGGCUGCUUGACUCUGUGCUCCUUAACCACCGGUUUGUUAAAAACAACCCAACAAAACACGGGUUGAGUUACAGCUUGGUGCUGCGUGGCCCCCUCUGGCUGGUUUUUAGGGUCCUGGAAGACGCGAGGGUAGUCCUGAAAAUCUGGGGCAUCGCUUGAAACAAGACACACUGGGCAGCCUUACUUCAGACCUGGAUAUAUAGUAGAAUGCCUCCCACUCCUCAAACAGUGCAACUUGCAGGACAGAAACAAAGCCAACAACAGUAAAAUAAUCCAUCCAAGCAUGUCUGUGGAAAAUGUGGCAAGUUCUCACACUCCUCCAUCUCAGCUGCUUGGGAGGCAGCAACCUGCUGACGUCUUCACAGUGGCUUUCCCAGCUUCAUUGUAGCUUUCACAGCAACAACCACCUGUCGGAGAGUUUCCAGAAACAGCUUCAGAAAAUGGAAUCCCAGACACAAAGUAUUUCUAUCACUUCUGCUCCAUAUAGCCAGCUCAUGACAUCUCUUCAACAGCAGGAAAACCAAGUGCAUCAACGAAUAGCAGACCUCAGGAAAGAAGGUUUAUGGUCCCUAAGGCGAUUGCCCAAACUUCAAGAGGCUGCAAGACCGAAAUCUCACCAGGAUUAUCUACUGGAAGAAAUGCAAUGGAUGGCAACUGAUUUUGUUCAAGAGAGAAGGUGGAAAACAGCAACUGCUAAGAAGCUGAUCAGAAAUGUGGUGCGCUAUCAUGAAGAUAAGAGACUUCAUAAGGAGAGAAGCAAGAAAGCAGAACAAAAUCGACUGAGGCGCAUUGCUUCUUCUGCUGCUAGAGAAAUUGAGCAUUUCUGGUCCAGCAUUAAACAGGUGGUAGAAUUAAAACUGCAAGUAGAAGAAGAAAGAAUGAAAAAACCCUCAAAUGUACAAGAAAUUUCAAAAAGAGGUCAAGAUACGAGAAUUCAGGAUUCAACAAUAUCUGGGAGAAAAAGAAAAGCAACCACAUUGCUUACUGAUCACGAAGUUUUAGAGACAGAUGAAGAGAAUGCUGAAGUGCGAAAUUCUGAAAAAGAAAACGUGGGUCAUCAAACUGAGUUGACUGAUUUAGCCAAAGAAGAAAUGGAAGACUCUGUAAGUGAGAGAGCGAGCCCUCUGAAGGAAGUAGUAUUCAUAGAGUCACUCCUCAGAAUUGAUCAGCAUGAGGGUACAGAGAAAACAAGUGCUGCAAUGAAACACGUGAGAGACAUAGUAGAGGUUGCUGCUGCUGCAGAAGUGCUGUUACCUAAAGAUAGUGCUCAGAUCACAACGGAAGUAAAAGGUGAUACUCCAUCCCUGUUGUAUGGGACUCUUAGAGAGUAUCAGAAGAUUGGGCUGGACUGGUUAGUGAAGUUAUAUAAGAAGAAUCUCAAUGGUAUUCUGGGAGAUGAGGCAGGACUUGGCAAAACUAUGCAAGUUAUUGCCUUUUUCACACACCUGGCUUGUAAUGAAGGUAAUUGGGGUCCUCAUCUUGUUGUUGUAUGGAGCUGUAACAUACUGAAGUGGGAGAUUGAACUGAAACACUGGUGCCCUGGGUUGAAACUUCUUCUGUAUUUUGGCAGUCAAAGAGAACUUAUAGAAAAAAAACAGGAGUUGAUGAAACCCAAUAGCUUUAAUGUAUGUAUCACCUCAUACAAGCAACUAUUUAAUGGCCACCAAACCUUGAGGAAAAUGCGAUGGAAGUACCUAGUUGUAGAUGAUGUGCAGAAAAUUAAAAAUCUGACUGAGAAGCACUGGGAGGCACUCUUCCAUCUCCAGAGCCAGCAUCGUUUGCUCCUGAUAGACACUCCUUUGCCCAGCGCCUUGAGGGAGUUGUGGACCAUGCUGCAUUUUCUAAUUCCAGGAAUUUCCAUACCUUACCUGGAUUUCCUGGUGAAAGCAGCCAAUGAGAGGACCCAAGAUUAUUGUCAUAAAGUGGCUACGAGAUUGCACAGAAUAAUUCAACCAUUUAUUUUGCGAAGAUCCAAAAGACAUGUUGAAAAACAAUUACCAAAGAAAUACGAAUAUGUGCUGAAAUGUCAUCUUUCUAACCGGCAGAAGGCUAUGUAUGAAGAUGUGAUAUUAAAACCAAGAAUCCAAGAAACUCUUAAAAAUGGAAACUUUGUCAGUGUCCUUCAUGUUCUGAUGCAGCUCCAAAGGAUCUGUAAUCAUCCUGAUCUGAUAAAACCCAGGCUUUCUGGCUCCUCCUAUGUAUCAGAGACACUGGAAUAUACAACUGCUUCUCUAGUACUAAAGGUACUAGAAGGGGAUCUUUGGAAGGAUUCAGACACAAGUCUCUUUGAUCUGAUUGGGGUGGAAAACAAAAUGACUGACUAUGAGGCAAAAGUGCUGCCAAAACAAAAGGUGACUAGAAAGCUUAUUGAAGAGAUCUACAGCUCCCCUCAUCCUUCAGGCAGACCCAACCCAGUGAAGCUCAAACCAAGCAGGUUAUUUCAACCAGUGGAAUAUGGACAGAAACCUGAAGGUAGGAUUGUAGAUUUCCCAAAUCCUCUAUCAUGGCAUACAGGGAAUACAGUAACGGUUAUGGCAACACAUCAUGGGAAAAGACAAGGAAGAUUGCCUCUUGCCACAUUUUCAGCAAAUCAUAAUGAGAAAGGUGACAAGAUAGUAAAACUAAGCCAGCUGGCCUCCACCGCUGGAGCACAAGGCAAAACUAUUCAGCCAAACAUGCCUAUAACACUGCAGUUUAAAGGGAAAACAUUUACUUUAUCUUAUGGCCAACUCUGCCAGCUUACUGGAGGGCAUCUUCGGCAACUUCAAGUUGCAGGAAGUGUUCUUCACAUUGUUUCAGUGCCAGGCUUGCGGUAUUUGCAAUCUCAGUGGCCAGUUACCUUGUUGCCCCUCUAUCGUGCUGGGGCUGGGACUGUUCAAGAUACUGGCUUCCCAAAGCAUUUAAAGCAUCAAGCAGAUGUGCCAACGUCUACACUAGUAACACAGCAAAUUACCAAUUUGGCAGUGGAUGAUCCAGAAACUGAAUCAAAAUCGGUGUCUACCCUAGAAUGUCCAACACAGACAGCGUUUGAGGAAAGGAACAAGCACCUAAAAGAGCGCCUGGACAGAAUAUUUUCUGGAAAUGAGCGACGUUGUUCCAGAGUCCCAUUGUAUGGCAGAGACUUAUUAGGAAUUUGCUCUUUGAUUGGUGAAAAAAAGAUUCCUCAGCAGAGUUCUACCAGGGACAACAAAUGGAGGUGGGCUGGUUUUGUGAACUGUUGCCUUUCUUCAAGUGCCUCAGGAGGCCAAAAUGAUCCACUGCAAGCCCUGAUCCUGACAUCGGAUCAGCGACAGGAAUCCCUAAAGGAUUAUAUUAAUAGCACUCUCUGUGUACUGCCGGCCGCAGUUGCUGCUCCCGCAUAUUUGCGUGUCGGAAAUCCUCCCCUUUCAUAUAGGCAUGGAAUGAAAAUUUUCAAGCAGAAUCUUAAAGAGCAGGCAGCUCCCUAUUUACAUCAGCUACAACAGAUUACAACUCCACGCUUACUACAGUUCCCUGAUCGCCGACUGGUGCAGUUUGAUUCAGGCAAAUUGGAAGCUCUUGCUGUCUUGCUUCAGAAGUUGAAAUCUAAAGGACACCGUGUGCUGAUUCUCACACAGAUGAUUCUAAUGUUAGAUAUACUGGAGCUGUUCUUAAAUGUCCGUUUUCUCACCUACAUAAGAAUUGAUGAAAAUGUCAACUAUGAGCAAUAUCUGGAGCUGAUAAAAAGAUUCAACAGAGAUAAGCGAAUCUUCUGUGCCAUUCUUUCCUCCCACAGUCCUUCCAUGGGUGGCAGUCACAUAGAGGCAAACACUAUUGUGUUCUGUGACACUGAUUUAGAUCCACUGAUGCAUGCAAAAGCUCAGGAAUGGUGUGAUACAAUUGGGAGAAACAAAGACAUCCACAUAUACAGGCUUGUAAGUGGUAAUUCCGUAGAAGAGAUGCUGUUGAAAAAUGGCACUAAAUGUUUGAUUAAAGAAGUAGCUGCUCAGGGAAAUAACUAUCCUCUGACGUUUUUAACACAGCAAACUGCUCAGGAGUUAUUUGAAGUCCAUUCUUCGUUAGAGGACCUUGAUUUCAGAGUCAAAGCUGGGGAGUUUGUGGUUCUUUCUGAGAAACCUUCCCUGGCAGAAACCAUCUCGCCCAAAGUUGCACGACUUUUUGCAGAGAAGGCUCUUAGCGUUGAACAGAGAAAAGAGGACCUUGGAAAAUAUGCACAAGAGGCAAGAAUUGAGUCAAGAACUGAAGUAACUUCAGAGUUACGCUGUCCAAGAAGUAUUAAGGCUCCGUCACAGUUAAAGGAAUUGGAUGACAUUAUGGAUCUGCUGACGCCAAUUGAAAAGUAUGCUUUGAAUUACUUGGAAUUAUUUCAUGACUACAGUGAUCAGGGAAAGCAGAAAGUCAAUGAGGAGUCGAAAACUGCAAACAGAGAGUGGGAACUCAAUCAUAUCAAGAAGCUGAAGGAAAAGGAAGAUGAAAUGCAGUGGGAGGAGGAGGAAGAGCUCCUAACCUACACUAGGCAAGAUGCCUAUAACAUGGAAUAUGUCUAUGAAGACCCAGAUGGGCAAAUAGAAAGAAUGCCAAUUUGGACUCCCCUUACUCUGCCUCCAGAUCACAAUAACGUCUACAUUGAUGCUGUUACAUGUCUGAUGUAUGAUUCCACACCAAUUUCAGAGUCUAAGCUGCCCCCUUUGUAUGCCAGGAAGGAGAGUAAGCAAUUCAGAAUGGAUCCAUCUGCUGCAGGUAGGAGGAAGAAACAUCGUCAUGGAGAGGUGGCUAUUCCUCGGUCACUUUUUCACCGAGCGACUCCAAGAAUGUUGAAAAUGCGUCGAAAGGGUAACAAGCAGAAGACCAUGCUGCUGAAACAGCAAACAUAUUUCACAAAACCUUUGCCUGCUGUUGUCAAACAAGCUGCUGAGGCUAGACGGGCAGCAGCUGGACAGGACAAUCCUGAGUGGCUGAUUAGUGAAGACUGGGCGCUGCUACAAGCAGUGAAGCAGUUACUGGAGCGUCCUUCAAAUCUUGCCAUUAUGUCACCAGUGCACACACCCAAUUGGGAUCUUGUUAGUGACCUUGUUAAUUCCUAUAACCAAGUUUAUCGUUCACCAAAACAAUGCCAAAAUCGAUAUGAAAAUGUUAUUAUUCCAAGAGAGGAAGGAAAGAACAUCAAUAGUCACCCUGUUUGUACCAGACAGAUCUAUGCUGAAGACCAGAAUGCUGCACACACGCAACUUUACAUGAGUCACUUUGAUUUAAUGAAAAAGAUAGCAAGAAAAAGAAGUCCGUCAGUUAAACCUCUGAGCCCAGACAUUGGCUGUACAUGUCCGUCAGUUUCCAAAACUUACACAUCAAGUAGCUCAGCAACAGAGCCAUCCAUUCCCAGAUUGUUCAAGGCCAAGCUACAGUGUAGAAAAGGUUCAGGCUCAGUCACAGACUGCGGCAGUGUCCCAGUCACCACCUGCUGGUCACCACGCCUGAAUGAUUUCUGCAGCAAUGGCUACAGCUCAGGUGAUCCCCCAGAAGCCAAUAGAGGAACAGGUCCUGACAAUAGUCUCUCUCCAAUCACUGACUCCAGGUGUACAGAACUCAGCAGCCUCAACCUAAAUUAGCAAGUAAAAGUGCACAUGAGGUUACCUACUUUCAUACUGUGAAAGCAUCUAUGAAACCUUGAACUAAAGAUUACAUU